UCCUCCUCCUCCUCCUCUCCGCGCUGGGGCUGAGCCGGGAGGAGCAGCAGCUGGACGUGUUGAGCGGCUGAAAGGUCUCGGUCCGACGGUGAGAAGUUGUCAGAGAGUGAAAAUGGGCUGCACGAUCAGUGCCGAGGACAAGGCUGCGGUGGAGAGGAGUAAAAUUAUUGAUAAAAACCUGCGAGAAGACAGAGAUAAAUCAUCCAGAGAGGUGAAACUCCUGCUGCUCGGUGCUGGGGAAUCUGGGAAAAGCACGAUUGUGAAACAGAUGAAAAUCAUCCAUGAACAUGGCUACUCAGAAGAGGAGUGUAAGCAGUACAAAGUGGUCGUGUACAGCAACACCCUCCAGUCAAUCAUGGCCAUCAUCAGGGCCAUGGGCCGGUUGAAGAUAGAUUUUGAGGAUCCUGCACGGGCGGACGACGCCCGCCAGCUGUUUGCCCUGGCGAGUACGACAGAGGAAGGAGUGAUGUCUGCAGAGCUGAGCGCCGUGAUAAGCAGGUUGUGGAGCGACAGCGGCGUCCAGGGCUGUUUCGAUCGGUCACGAGAGUAUCAGCUCAAUGACUCCGCUCCAUACUACCUGAACGAUUUGGACCGGAUCUGUGAGCAGAACUACAUCCCGACUCAGCAGGACGUUUUACGUACCCGAGUGAAAACAACAGGCAUCGUGGAAACUCACUUCACCUUCAAAGAUCUCCACUUCAAGAUGUUUGAUGUUGGGGGUCAGCGCUCAGAGAGGAAGAAGUGGAUCCACUGUUUUGAAGGAGUCACAGCGAUCAUUUUCUGCGUGGCGCUGAGCGACUACGACCUCGUCCUGGCUGAGGAUGAGGAGAUGAACCGCAUGCAUGAGAGCAUGAAGCUUUUCGACUCCAUCUGCAACAACAAAUGGUUCAAGCGCACCUCCAUCAUCCUCUUCCUCAAUAAGAAAGACUUGUUUGAAGAGAAGGUCAGCAGGAGUCCGCUCACUAUCUGUUACCCCGAGUACAACGGUGGGAGCUCGUACGAAGAGGCAGCGGCCUACAUCCAAUGCCAGUUUGAAGACCUCAAUAAACAGAAGAACACAAAAGAGAUCUACACCCACUUCACUUGUGCCACAGACACCAAUAAUGUGCAGUUUGUGUUUGACGCCGUCACCGACGUCAUUAUCAAGAUCAACCUGAUGGAGAUCGGGCUCAGCUGAAGCUCCAGCUGUUUUCCAGGUUGUUUUUAAGUUUUGAGAGCAUCAGGACUUCUGGGACAUCUUGACCACAGAGGAAAAAUCAAAAAGAUUUUAUUACUGAGGACUUAAACUUGUGGCCGUGAUGCACGCAGGAUCUAAACUGCUCUAUGACUCUUUUUUGUUCUCUGUAAAUUUUAGGGUUAGGGUUAGGGUGGAUUGCUUUGAGGGAAAUUAAGUUGUGAAUGGAUUUCUGUAAGUCC